AUGAAACUUUUGGAAAUAGUCACAGUCAAGGGUUACAAUUUGUUCCCAACCGAUUGGUUGCCUGCUCGACUCCCGCAACAUCCUUCAGUGACUCAUCAGCCCACAGCAGCCAUGGAGGCUCGUGAAGUGCCGCUUCUGUGUCAUAACCCCCUGUUGUGCCAUCUCGCCGUCGCUCUUUCUGCGAGACUAUCUCGCUGCCCCUCAUUCUUCCCAACCAUAGUUGGCGGCCUCGUCGCCCUCCCCCCCCCGCGCGGCUCGGUCGCCGCCCUUUCGCGACCUCGUCGCCGCCCCUACGCGGCUUCGUCGUCGCCCCUACGCGGCCUCGUCGCCGCCCAUACUCGACUCCGUGGCCUCCCUCCCCUUCGCGGCUCUGUUGUCGCCUCUUCGCGGCUUCGUCGCCGCCCCUCGCCGCCCUUCGCGGCCCCUCCAGGACCCGUCGCGGUCCCCCCUUUCCUCUCGUCUGCAGCCGCUGCCGCCGCAGAGCCUACAGCAGCAGCCGCGGCCGGACCUGCAGUAGCAACCGCCGCCGAGCCAGCAGCAGCAGCCGCGGUCGGACCUGCAGUAACAACCGCCGCCAGACCUGCAGCAGCUGCCGCGGCCCAGCCUGCAGCAGCUGCCGCCGCCGAGCCUGCAGCAGCUGCCGCCGCCGAGCCUGCAGCAACAGCCGCGGCAGAGCCUGCAGUCGCAGCCGCCGCCAGCCCUGCAGCAGCGGCCGCCGCCGACCCUGCAGCAGCAGCUGUCGCCUACCCUGCAGCAGCUGCCGCCGCCGAACCAACAGCAGCAGCCGCCGCCGGACCUACAGCAGCGGCCGCCGCCGACCCUGCAGCAGCUGCCGUCGCCGAGCCAGCAGCAGCAGCCGCCGCCAGACCUGCAGCAGCUGCCGCCGCCGAGCCUGCAGCAGCAGCCGCCGUUCGAGAAUACCACAGCAGCCGCCGCCGUCCCUGCAGCAGCGGCCGUUCCCGAGCCUUCAGCAGCUGCCGCCGCCGUCACUGCCACGGCACUGCCCUGCCCUACCGCGCUACUGCUGCUGCUGUCACUGCUACUGACACUACGACUGUUACUCCUACUGCUACUAUGGCUAGCCCUCCUGUGCUAGCCUUCGAUGCUGAGGGCCGCCCAAAAAAGUUUGAUACCUGGCUAGAUGACCUGCACCUCUUCCUACAGCUCACUGCCAAGGAGGACAUUUCACUGUACGAUCACGCCCUAGGCCAUGCUACUGCCCCUGACACUACUGCUGACAGCACUCUGCGCUCCCAGUGGCAGACCCUUGCUCGUUACUCCUCACCUGCGUCUGCCGCACUAGGCCGCCUCUCACUCCCCUAUCUGUUCCCCGACCUGGCCUCCUUUCACACUGUUGCUGACCUCAUCACCCACCUCAAGACUAGUGAGGCCCGCUUUCGCGCUGCUAUGCCUGCCGAGUUCCUUGCUAGCAACCCCCCCCCGCUCUGGCUCACUCUCUACCACAUUGUCACCCGCCUCCCUGACUCUCUGCGCACAGUCAGGGAUUCCUUUCUAGCUCGCUCCCCUACUGAGCUCACCAUUGCCCUCCUCGAGAAGGACCUACUUGCAGCUGAGGCGAGCAUCGUCGCCGUAGGUGCCUCUCGUGGCGAGCCCCGCACCCCCUUCUUUGAGGGGUGUUCCCCUUCCCCCCUUCUCCCCUCUGUCGCCUCUGCUUCUGCUGUCGACCUCCUUGGUGCUGAGAAGGUCGGGACCGCGUCUGCUCCGAGCGGGCGCCGCAGGACCAAAGGAGGCAAGGGUGGAGGUGGCGGCGGGGGAGGCGGGGGUGGAGGCGGUGGGGGUGGAGGAGGGACUAGAGAGGCUAGUGGCGGCAGUGGGGGUAGUGACGGCAGCGGCGGAGGCGGUGGCAGGGGCGGGGGCGGCAGCGGGGGCGGCGGUGGUCGUGGCAGCGGCAGGGGAGGGGGUGGUCGAGGAGGUGGCAGCGGCGGUGGUGGUCGUGGAGGCGCUGGCGGUGGUCCGAGCCAGCAGCACACUCCGUCGCUCCAGGAGGCCCGUGAGUGGUAUGCGCAGCGUGGGGGGGCGGGUGGCCUUAGCUGCACGUACGUCAUCCGCACUGGUGACCGCGCUGGUCAGACGUGUGGGAAGCCGCACCCCACGCCGCGCUGUUUCGCGCGCCUUGACGACGCUUGGCGCACUCAGUUCCCUGACGGCAAUGAGCUGCCCCGCUGGUUUGAUCUGGAGAAGAAGGGUGUUGAUAUCUGGGCUUUAGACUUUGAUGCUAUUCUCACUGAUAUGUAUGCUAUGUUUACUAGUGGAGAGGGUGCUCAGUACUUGUGUGUUCCGCCCGACCCGGGCAUUCUCACCAGUGAGGCUGCUGCUCUAGGUGCUAGUGCGUCUGCAGCUCCAGGUGCUCGCGUGUCUGCCACCUCAGGUGACGGUGAGGCUGUCGCUCUAGGUGCUGCUGAGUCUGUCUCCCCUGGUACUGAGUCGACUGCGGCACUGCACACCUUCACACUGGACUCGGGUGCUUCUCGCUGUUUCUUUCGAGAUCGCACUGCCCUUGAGCCACUCGCUCGGCCAGUUGCUGUCUCCCUCGCUGACCCCUCUGGGGGUCCGGUCAUUGCGACCUCCUCCACUGUUCUUCCCUGUCCUGCGGACGGGGGUGUUCACCAGUUCACCCCUGCCUACGAGCGCGUGACACACUGCACGUGUGCUCGGACGGGCCGUCACCUGGCUACCUUCACUCGAGAGCCGGGGUCGGACCUGUACACACUGACCACUGAGUCCCCUCAGGUAGCUACGUCUGCGUCUGCGUCUGCGUCAGGUCAGCUGUCCGCCCCCUGCUCGUGUCGCUCUCUGGCGCAUGAGACUGUCCUCUGGCACCACCGCCUUGGUCACCCGUCUGUGCAGCGCCUUCGGGCCAUGCACAAACAGGACCUUGUUGCUGGUCUUCCCAGGGUUCUCCCUCCCCUCCCACCCUCGCCUGCUCCUCCCUGUCUUCCCUGUGUCGAGGGGCGGCAGCGCGCCACUCCUCACUCCUCCUCCUUUCCCCAGACGACUGCUCCUUUGCAGACGCUCCACUUGGACGUGUGGGGCCCAGCCCGCGUCCGUGGACAGGGUCAGGAGAGGUACUUCCUGAUUGUUGUUGACGACUUCUCGCGCUACACCACGGUCUUCCCCUUGCGCACCAAGGGUGAGGUCCCUGAUGUCUUGAUCCCUUGGAUCCGCAGAUCUCGUCUCCAGCUCAGUGAGCGUUUCCACUCCGACUUUCCUGUCCUGCGUCUGCACUCUGACAGAGGUGGGGAGUUUUCCUCCGGCCUCUUGGAGGCCUUCUGUCAGCAGGAGGGCAUUGCGCAGUCGUUCACGCUUCCGGCCUCUCCACAGCAGAAUGGGGUUGCUGAGCGCCGCAUUGGCUUGGUCAUGGAGGUCGCUCGUACCUCCUUGGUUCAUGCGGCUGCCCCCCAUUUUCUGUGGCCGUUUGCAGUCCGAUACGCUGCGCAUCAGCUCAACCUCUGGCCCCGAGUCUCCCUCCCGGAGACUUCUCCGACCCUGCGUUGGACGGGAGAGGCUGGCGAUGCGUCGCGUUUUCGGGUCUGGGGAUCCCGAGCUUUUGUUCGAGACACGUCCGCGGACAAGCUCUCCCGUCGCGCUGUCCCCUGUGUCUUCCUUGGCUUUGUCCCGGACGCCCCUGGUGCUGAGGUACCAGACCCCCUCCCCCCUCAGGGUGCCGCUCCCUCAGGUGUGUCCCAGGUAGACCCGGGUGAGCCUGUCGAGGUAGCUGUCGACUCUCGUCCUGCUAGGGGUGCUGAGCCUGGGGGUGCUGAGCCUGGGGGUGCUGUGUCUGGGGGUGCUGAGCCUGGAGGUGCGGAGCCUGGAGGUGCGGAGCCUGGGGGUGCUGAGCCUGGAGGUGCGGAGCCUGGCGGUGCGGAGCCUGGAGGUGCUGAGUGUGGGGGUGCUGAGUCAGGGAGUGCUGACCUUGAGCGUACUACACCUGGAGGACCCCUCUCCUCCCCACAGCUGCAGGAGAGGUACCUACAGUACUGCCGCCUCCGGAGAGGUGCUACUGGAGCUCGUCCCGGUACUUCCCCUCCUCCCCAGGAGCUCCCCCCCAUUCAGCAGAUCCGAGAGUGGUACACGCGGCGCUGCAGUCUUCGGAGUGGUGCUCCUGGUGCUGCGGACCCUGGGGGUGGCGCUGCUACUGGUGCUGAGGACCCGGGCGUUGGGGCUGCUGCUGGUGCUGAGGACCCGGGCGUUGGAGCUGCUGCUGGUGCUGAGGACCCGGACGUUGGAGCUACUGCUGGAGCUGAGGACCCGGACGGUGGAGCUGCUGCUGGUGCUGAGGACCCGAGCGGUGGAGCUGCUGCUGGUGCUGAGGACCCGAGCGGUGGAGCUGCUGCUGGUGCUGAGGACCCGGGAGUUGGAGCUGCUGCUGGUGCUGAGGACCCUGCCGCUGGUGUCUCUGCUGGUUCUGGAGACGCUGUGCGGCCGCGACCGUACUUCGUACCACUUCUUCAGCAGGUUCUUGGUCAGGCUCCUCCUCCUUGUCCUCCUCCCUCCGUAGAGUGUCCUCCGCCUGUCCAGUCGCAGUCACAGUUCCCGCCUGCCUCGCCUCUCCCUUGUCCCUCUCCUUACACUGGUCCCACAGGAGGUCUUGCAGAGCGUCGUGAGCCUGCGUCUCGUCCUGCGUCGCCUGUUCGUACUGCUCGCACUGGUCGUCGUGUCCCACGUGAGCGUCCUCCUCCUAUCCCUGGCACUCACUACAUGACUCUGCGUCCCUCCACUGCUCCUCAGCGUGUUCCGCUGCCGUCUCCUCCUGCGUCCUCUCUGCCUACUCUUCCUGAUCCGGAGUCUGACUCCCGUCGUGCUGCCAGUCCCACUGUCACCCGUCUCCUCGCUACUGUUGUCACUAACCCUACCUUUGAGUCCUCUGCUGCGUCUGCUCUGGUCGCUGAGUUGAUAGACUUUGCUGCCCGCUGUCGUCUAGACUACGCCACUAGCCUUGUUGCUGAGUCUGAGUCUGAAUCUGUCUGUCCUCCGUCCGUCGGGGGUGAAUGUGCUCUUGGCACGGACGUCCUUGAGGACAGACAGGAGGAGUUCCAGUGCUUUGCUGCUGCUUUACCCCACCUCGUGUCCAUGCUAGUUGCCCCUGAGGGAGACCCGGAUGCACCAGACAUCCCGACCCCGCGCACUUACGCUGAGGCGAUGGCUGGUCCCUACUCCUCUCAGUGGCAGACAGCCAUGGACGCUGAGAUGGCUUCCUGGAAGUCCACACGCACCUACGUCGACGAGGUUCCCCCACCUGGGGCGAACAUCGUCAGUGGCAUGUGGAUUUUCAGGGUGAAGCGGCCACCGGGUUCUCCUCCUGUCUUCAAGGCGCGCUACGUGGCUCGAGGCUUCAGUCAGCGAGAGGGAGUUGACUUCUUUCAGACCUUCUCCCCCACCCCGAAGAUGACCACUCUUCGGGUGCUGCUACACAUAGCCGCUCAGCGCGACUACGAGCUUCACUCACUUGACUUCAGCACUGCUUUCUUGCAGGGCAGCCUGCACGAGGAGAUCUGGCUGCGCCGCCCUCCUGGCUUCACUGGGUCGGUUCCUCCUGGUACCCAGUGGAGGCUCCAGCGGCCGGUCUACGGUCUCCGCCAGGCACCGCGUGAGUGGCACGACACACUGAGGACGACACUUGCAGCUCUUGGGUUUGCUCCCUCUACUGCUGACCCGUCACUGUUUCUACGCACAGACACCUCACUGCCGCCGUUCUACAUCCUCGUGUACGUCGACGACUUGGUCUUUGCCACUGCUGACACCGCGGCACUCGCCCACGUGAAGUCGGAGCUGCAGAGGAGACACACGUGCACAGACCUGGGUGAACUGACAAGCUAUCUUGGCUUGCGGAUCACCUGGGACAGAGCACGGCGCACCAUCACCUUGACUCAGUCACACAUGGUGCAGCAGAUCCUUCAGCGCUUCCGCUUCACGUACUCCUCGCCUCAGUCCACUCCUCUGCCUACCGGUCACUCGCUCUCAGCUCUGCCUUCGGAUGAGUCCGUAGAGCCGAGUGGCCCGUAUCCAGAGCUUGUGGGCUGCCUCAUGUACCUGAUGACCUGCACUCGACCUGACCUUGCAUACCCUCUUAGCAUCCUUGCACGCUAUGUCGCUCCUGGCCGUCACAGGAAGGAGCACAUGGAUGCUGCUAAGAGGGUGUUGCGCUACUUGUGCAGUACGUCAGGCAUGGGGCUAGUGCUUGGAGGGCGAGACCGAGUUGUACUUACUGGACACUCAGACGCUUCUUGGGCGGACGACCAGGCUACUCAGCGGUCGUCUCAGGGUUACACCUUCAGCCUUGGCUCCGGCUCAGUUUCUUGGCGUUCUACACGCUCUUCUUCUGUUCUCAGCUCCAGUUGUGAGGCUGAGAUCUACGCCACAGCCAUGGCUGCCCAGGAGCUACGCUGGUUGACCUACCUGCUGACCGACUUGGGUGAGCGGCCUCGUUCUCCUCCAGUGCUGUACGUCGACAACCAGGCUGCCAUUGCCUUGUGUGAGGAGCACAGACUUGAGCACAGAACGGAGCUGCAGCAGCGCGGUCAGCUUUGUCUGCGUUACGUGGCCACUGAGGCCAACCUUGCUGAUGUGUUCACCAAGGCGCUUCCGCCUUGUGACCAUCAGCGCUUCUGCACUCUGCUAGGCCUUGUGCCUACUGGACCUCACUUGCUUACUUCUUGA